AUGAAGCUAGAAGUAGGUAUAUUACACGAGGAUGAAGCUAGAGACAGGAGACGGCGUUGUAGCACACAAAGUGGACGAGUGUGUGGUGUAGACGGUCGCACAUAUAGCAGCACAUGUGUUGCUAAUCGCAGGAAAAUCGACAUUGCUUGUAAAGGUCAAUGUCCCUGUGAGAUCGACCGGCGGUGCUAUUGUACCAGGGAAUACAAGCCAGUCUGUGGGUUAGACGGCAAAACCUACGGAAACCAGUGUGAAGCGAAAUGCGCGAAAAUCGACAUUGCUUGUAAAGGUCAAUGUCCCUGUGAGAUCGACCGGCGGUGCUAUUGUACCAGGGAAUACAAGCCAGUCUGUGGGUUAGACGGCAAAACCUACGGAAACCAGUGUGAAGCGAAAUGCGCGAAAAUCGACAUUGCUUGUAAAGGUCAAUGUCCCUGUGAGAUCGACCGGCGGUGCUAUUGUACCAGGGAAUACAAGCCAGUCUGUGGGUUAGACGGCAAAACCUACGGAAACCAGUGUGAAGCGAAAUGCGCGAAAAUCGACAUUGCUUGUAAAGGUCGAUGUCCCUGUGAGAUCGACCGGCGGUGCUAUUGUACCAAGGAAUACAAGCCAGUCUGUGGGUUAGACGGCAAAACCUACGGAAACCAGUGUGAAGCGAAAUGCGCGAAUACGAGAGUGGCUUGUCAAGGAGAAUGUCCGUGUCAUAAAAAAACAAAAUGUGCAUGUCCAAAGAUUCUGAGACCUGUAUGCGGACAGGACGGACAAACAUACCCCAACAGAUGUGAAGCAACAUGCAGGGGUGUGCGUGUUGGUUGCGAUGGGCGCUGUCCGUGUCAAUAUAGGGGAUGAAGGAAUAUUUGAGGUGAGACAACCUUCCCCAAC